GUGUUGAGGUCCACCACGUCCCGCCACUGCGCGCACACCAGGCGGCAGCUGCGGAGCAGGUCCCGGGCGGGCAGCAGCGACAGCAGCUGCACCAGCACGUCCUCGGGGAGGUCGCCGAUGGUUGUCAUGGCUGAGGGCGGGGGGGAACCACAGCCCCGGGGCACACACAGGCUCGGCCUAAGGCAGGGGCAGAGCCACGGGCAGCCCGGCGGGCCGGGGCCGUACAGCUCCGGGUCAGGGCCCCGGCCCCGCUCCGGUACCGACCUGCGCCCUCCGGCCCCGGAUGUGCGGGCGCGGCCCUUCCGCGGGGCGGGGGAGGGAGGAGCGCGGGCGGGGCCGCCGGGCUUUAUCAGCGCGGCCCGGACCGCCCUCCCCGAACCCGCAGCCUUGUGUCGGGACAGCCCAGCCCGGCCACAGCCCGCCCGGCCCCGGCGCUCCCGCCCAGUAUCUGACACUGCUGAGCCCAGGGAUGGAGUCCCUCCCUGAAGCAGUCCUGAUCCGAAUCCUGGCUGCCAUACCUGCCGUGGAUCUGGUGCUGGUGUGUCGCCUGAUCUGCUGCCAGUGGAAGAACCUGGUCGAUGGAGCUGCACUGUGGAUCCUGAAGUGCCAGCAGGAAGGGCUCACUGGGGCAGAGUCAGAGGAGGAUGCAGAGAACUGGCAAAACUUCUACUUCCUGAGUAAGAAAAGGAAGAACCUCAUCAAGAACCCAUGUGGUGAAGAAGACUUGGAGCACUGGGGAGAGGUAGAGAAUGGAGGUGAUGGCUGGAAAAUUGAAGAGCUCCCAGGGGACUUUGGAAAAGAAUUCCCUAGUGAAGAAGUCCAUAAAUACUUUGUUACAUCUUAUGAAUGGUGUAGAAAGGCUCAGGUCAUUGACCUUAGGGCUGAGGGCUACUGGGAAGAGCUGAUGGACACAACCCAGCCUAAAAUUGUGGUAAGAGACUGGUACGCGGGACGCCGCGACGCCGGCUGCCUCUACGAGCUCUGCGUGAAGCUGCUCUCGGAGAACGAGGAUGUGCUGGCUGAGUACAAAAGUGAGACUGUUACCAUCCCACAGGACAACGAUGGCAGCUGGACUGAGAUCUCCCACACCUUUUCCAAGUACGGGCCCGGGGUGCGCUUUGUGCGCUUUGAGCACGGCGGCCAGGACACGCUGUUCUGGAAGGGCUGGUACGGCGCCCGUGUCACCAGCAGCAGCGUGACAGUGGAGCCGUAGCCACGCUCAGCUGGGGCCUGCAUGCUGGAGCUGACUUCCCUCAGGGCAUCCCACGGCCCUUGGAUGGUCUCUGCAUGGUGCUGCUUCUGGCUGUAGAGCAUCGGGCCCUUCUGCGUAGGAACGCGCCUGCAAGACGCCGGGAGCCAGCGCCCAGCCUUCCUCGGGAGGACUGUGCAAAGAGUGGGGAUGGAUCUGAGGUUGCACCACAAGGCUCAGCCUCACCACUUGCACUGAUGUUCUCCAUCAGACGGGAGAUGACCUAAAAGUCCCGCAGACCUUCUCUCCUGAGCCAUUAACCCCAAGCCAGACACCCCUCCUGCCUGCUCCCAGACUUGGGCACUCCUGAACUUAGAGGGGCACUUGAGGCGUAUUUUCUGGAAGGUAAAGAGUGGAAGAAAGUAGGAAAGAAAAACAUAGACCUUGUGCCUGAGAACGUACCAGGGAAACCCAGAGCCCUGUCACAGCUCUGUCACCAACUGCUUCCAUGGCCUGCAGUGAGAACCUUGGCUUCUCCCAUUUAUAAACAAUAGAUGUCAUUGCUUACCACAGAGGGGCUCUAGCUUGGCUGCCAAGUGCUAUUAGUUUAAUUUUUAGUGAUAAUGCAAAACAAGAGGGAUUGGAUCCUUUUCCCUUAAACUGUUCCCAGUAUCCAUUUAUCAAGGCAAGUGUUGGGAACAGAAACCUGUCUGGUGUCCAACCCUGGGGCUUCAUUUGGCUCCCUCAGAGAGAUGACAACUGAGAGUAAUUGCUGGGAGAGAGAGAGAGAUGACAACAACUUAGGGAAAUAGGUUAGGAAAAAUUGGGGGGGGGGGGGGUCCAGGAACAAAUGAAAACAAACUAACGUGCCCCUCCCUGGCCUCUGCAUGCUCCAUGCAAGUGUUUGGUCACCCAGUCUGACCCUGCAGGGAGGAGAUACCCUGCACACACAAAGCUGUUUUGCCUCACUCCAUCUCUGCAAGAAGUACCUGUCUGCCUCCUCCACGUGUUCACUGACAAGACAGCACUUCACUCUCCCACUUGUGCCUCUUGAUAUCACUCAGGGCUGUGAAUCCCCAUCCUGAACAGACCCCUAAGCUCUCCUGAGCCAAGCCUGUCCCUGUAGUUAUUCCCCUCAGAAGAGCAUCCCCUAACAGAGCUGCUGUUGCCUAGAGAAGGCACUUGUAUUUUUGUGUCUCUGUCUGUCUUCCCUCCCUGGGCUGCCACUUUGCAUCCAAGUGCCCCUUUACCUGAGCAGUGACUGCUCCUGCCUGCAGCCAAAGGAGAGCUUCCCCCUGGGCACUGUGCACGCUGCUUCCCUGGGCUUCUGCAGGGCUGCCCCUGGGUGCCCCAGGCACACAGGGCUCCCAAACCAUGGCCACGCUGUGCCAGAGCCCAGGCAAACCUAAUAAAGUGACACAGCUGUGUGUGGAUCCUC